CCGGCGACCCGGGCUCCUCCGCCCGCGGACCCGCCCUGAGCCCUCGUCGUUUCCAGCCGCCGGUUAUGUGGCAAGCCGAGUAGGGGAAGCGAAAUCCACCGCCAGGAGAGAGAAAUGGGGCCGCAGCGCCGCGGUGACACCGCCUAGAUCACCCCCUCGCGGUACAGGCAGCCCCAGACAGGCCCAGGCCUCCCCUGAGGCUCAGCUGCGGGCUCCCAGGCCUAGGAGUCCAUGACACCUAUGCUGGAGGCCCCACCGCCGCAAUUGUCUGGGCCCAAUGCCGGUCAUGCCCAUCCCGCGCCGGGUGCGCUCCUUCCACGGCCCCCACACCACCUGCCUGCACGCGGCCUGUGGGCCCGUGCGCACCUCCCACCUGGCACGCACCAAGUACAACAACUUUGACGUGUACAUCAAGACGCGCUGGCUGUACGGCUUCAUCCGCUUCCUGCUGUACUUCAGCUGCAGCCUCUUCACGGCCGCUCUGUGGGGAGCCCUGGCCGCCCUCUUCUGCCUGCAGUACCUGGGCGUGCGUGUGCUGCUGCGCUUCCAGCUCAAGCUGUCUGUGCUGCUGCUGCUGCUGAUGGGCCGCCGGCGCCUGGACUUCCGCCUGCUGAACGAGCUGCUCAUCUAUGCCAUCCAUGUGACCAUGCUCCUGGUCGGGGGUCUGGGCUGGUGCUUUAUGGUCUUCGUGGACAUGUGAGGGCAUCGGCUUCUAUGGGCUUUCAUGGUGCCCUGUUCUGGUUCUUCCUGGCUGCCUGGGGCUGGCCUGGGCUUUUUCUGUCCCAUCCUGCAGGCGAGGCCUACAGCACAUGCUCCCACGAGGGAGCCAAAAGGGCUGAGACUGCUCGCUCAUGGGGACCCUGUCCCCUUCCUCCCGCUGGCUCUGUGCUACGGUUCCUGGGUUCCAGUCCAGGCCCAGCAGCCCUCAGGGCCUCCUGCCUAUGGUUCUCAUGAGCACUUUUCCAUGUUGUCCUCUGGGGUGGCCCAUCUGCCCAGUCUGCUCGUGAGACCCGUGUCACCCAGAUCAGCGUUGGGCCCCACCAGCGAAGGGUCCUGGACACAGAGGGGCCUCCUGGCUUCUCGGCCCCUUCCCACUCACCACUGUUCCCCCACCCCAGCCUCAGGGACUGGUCAGGGUCCACUGGCAGACACCCCACACUGCCACAGAGCUGUCCUGAGGCUCAAGAGUCGCUUGGGUUGGUUCAUGCAGUCCAGCAGUGUGCCAAAGACAACACUGGCGGGUGCCUGGGGCAGGACCCCCGGGAGCACAGGCCUUGCGUGCCUGCGCCCGCAGACAGCCCCAGGCCUUCACUGGGCAGGCGCGCUGAGAACAGCAGUGCAGCCGGGUGGCCUCUUUGGCUUUGGGGCCUUUGAUUCUCUUUCUCUGUGGGGUUGGGAGCUGCCUGUCUCCAGCAGAGGGCAGAGGUCUUGCUGGGACCCACCACAGAGAACAUAGUACAUUGUCUCCUAGACUGGCAUGUGCAAAGGCUGUCUGUAGGCCGGUAGCGGCUCCUGGUCUCUCCCAUGGCUACUAGAGCAUGCCAGACGUGACAUAGACAUGGGCCUAGGAGAGUGUCCGCCCCAGAAGCACCCAGACCCCUGUUCUGGUCUUUGUGGGGGGUGGAACAUGGCACCUGAGUGUUAGUGAGAUGUGGGAGUGGUGAGGCUGGGAGUCUGUCACCGGGCUGGUCUGAGGAUGGUAGUUGGUCAACACUUGCUUCUCCCCAAAUUGUCACCCUUGCUCCCAAGGCGUGGGUGUGGCCCCUGUGACCCAGCCUGCCGGGUGAGCCAGUCACUGGGGGUCUGUGAGGACAAUGUGCACCUUGAAGAGAAAGUUAGGAAAACCCAAACAGGUAGGGAAAGCAAAAAACACUGGCUGCGAAGCAAGCUCUGUAAUUCGCAGCCAGCUUCCGUUCACUGGUCUAACAGAAGGGCUCUGUAGAAGAUGUCCGUCUGAGUUCCGGGGCGGGCAGGUGAGGAGCCUCCCCAGUAAACCCUGCUUCUUGCUGCAGAGAAUCUUUUGCACUAAAUCAUGCUCCUUCCUCAAAGAAGUUUUGUUCUGUGUUAAUCAGCUUGUGAUACUCAGCGCUGCCGCAGCCCUUGCUGGAUGAGGUAGUAUUUGGGGGCUGGUAGCAGAAGGGAUGCCGUGCCGGCGUGAGUGUGAGCGGCAGGGCAGAGGCGGUGAGACCCUGCUGCACGCCCCGCU